CCCCAUAAUAGUAAAGAAGUUGGGAAUCUUGACAGUGAAAACUACAAUUAUUAAAAGUUCUGAAGGCCUAAUAAAUUGGAUAAACAGUAAACUGACAACAUUGAAAAUAAUUUGUGAUUGAAAGAGAGAAAUGAGACCAAUCACAAAAUGCAGGACAGAGAAAUACAGUGUUGGAAACCAGGAAGACAACAUGGAUUGAGGAGGUUCAAUACAGAUCCAAGAGGAAUUCUAGAAGGAUAUAUUAGAGGAGACAAAGAGGAAAUAAAGAGAUAAUGCUGGGAAUUCUCCAGACUUGAAGAAAGACAUGUGCCUUCAGAUUGAAGUUUAUGAAAUGCCAAAUAAAUCGACUCCUAGUUAAAUUAUAGUAAAAUUAUAGAAUGUUAAGGAUAAGGAGGAAAUCUUAAAAGUUACAGAAAGAGAUUGCCAGUGAAAAAUGAUAAUCUGUGAUGGCUGACUUCUGAGCACAACAGUAGAAGCUGGAAAACUGCAGUAAAUAUGCUGAAGGAAAGCUGUUGUCAAAGAAGAAUUCUGAAUCCAGCAAAACUUAUUCCAGAAUGAAGGUCCUAUGGCAGCGUAUACAAAGCUAUUCAUAAAGAGACCGGUCAGAUUGUGGCUAUUAAACAAGUUCCUGUGGAAUCAGACCUGCAGGAGAUAAUCAAAGAAAUCUCUAUAAUGCAGCAGUGUGACAGCCCUCAUGUAGUCAAAUACUAUGGCAGUUAUUUUAAGAAUACAGACUUGUGGAUUGUUAUGGAGUACUGCGGAGCUGGUUCUGUGUCUGAUAUCAUUCGAUUACGAAGCAAAACAUUAACAGAAGAUGAAAUAGCUACAAUAUUACAAUCAACACUUAAGGGACUGGAAUACCUUCAUUUUAUGAGAAAAAUACACCGAGAUAUCAAAGCAGGAAAUAUUUUGCUAAAUACAGAAGGACACGCAAAACUUGCAGAUUUUGGGGUAGCAGGACAACUUACAGAUACCAUGGCCAAGCGAAAUACAGUAAUAGGAACGCCAUUUUGGAUGGCUCCAGAAGUGAUUCAGGAAAUUGGGUACAACUGUGUGGCAGACAUCUGGUCGUUGGGAAUAACUGCCAUAGAAAUGGCUGAAGGGAAACCCCCAUAUGCCGAUAUCCAUCCAAUGAGGGCAAUCUUUAUGAUUCCUACCAACCCUCCUCCCACAUUCCGAAAGCCAGAACUGUGGUCAGAUAGCUUCAUGGAUUUUGUGAAGCAGUGUCUUGUAAAGAGCCCUGAGCAGAGAGCCACAGCCACUCAACUCCUACAGCACCCAUUUGUCAAGAGCGCCAAAGGAGUGUCAAUACUGAGGGACUUGAUUAACGAAGCCAUGGAUGUGAAACUGAAACGCCAGGAAGCCCAGCAGCGGGAGGUGGACCAGGACGAUGAAGAAAACUCAGAGGAGGAUGAAUUGGAUUCUGGCACGAUGGUUCGAGCAGCAGGUGAUGAGAUGGGCACUGUCCGAGUAGCCAGCACCAUGAGUGAUGGAGCCAAUACAAUGAUUGAACAUGACGACACAUUGCCAUCACAGCUGGGCACCAUGGUGAUCAAUGCAGAGGAUGAGGAAGAGGAAGGGACUAUGAAAAGAAGGGAUGAGACCAUGCAACCUACAAAACCAUCUUUCCUUGAAUACUUUGAACAAAAAGAAAAGGAAAAUCAGAUCAACAGCCUGGGCAAGAGUGUACCUGGCCCACUGAAGAACUCUUCGGAUUGGAGAGUACCACAGGAUGGAGACUAUGAGUUUCUUAAGAGCUGGACGGUGGAGGACCUUCGGAAGAGGCUCUUGGCCCUGGACCCCAUGAUGGAGCAGGAGAUCGAAGAGAUCCGGCAGAAGUACCAGUCGAAGCGGCAGCCGAUCCUGGAUGCCAUCGAGGCGAAGAAGCGGCGGCAGCAGAACUUCUGAGCACCUCGGCCAGGCCGGAGGCCCGCUCCCAGGCGGCCUCGUGAGCACCCGGCGCUCCCGCUCCAGUGUCAGCCAGCACCCAGCACCCGCCGCCGUCGCCUCCACAGCACCUUGUGAACUCAGGAACGUGCGCCAGUGGGAAGGGCCGCCUCCCCCGCAGGCAGCGGGCGUCUCGGUGUGUCUCAGGCAGGUUUAUACUUCAAAGGAUUUCUAUGGGCGCUUUUAAACUCAGAGUGAAACCCCAGGAACAGAGACUCCUAGUUGAGUGAUAGCUGGGAAAGUUUUACAUUGUCUUUUGUUCUUCUUCUCCCAAUAGCUUUCAAGUGUUCUUUCUGGAAGACUUUUUUAAAAACUAUAAAUAUGCAUAUAUAUGUAAAUUAUAACUAGAUUCCCCACUCAGUGUGGUGGCAUCUCUGUACAGGUACAGUUUUAAGCAGUUGCCUCUUUCCUGUAAGAUUAUGGUACUGUGGACCACGAGGGCAGGCGACACCCGGGGCUGUUGGGGUCGCUCAGCUCCCUGCAGCCAACCUCACCCUUUUGCCCGGCUGCAUUUAAAAAUUAGUUUCGGGCCAGUUUUCAGCACGGUUUCAGCCUUGUGUGGGUCGCCCUGGCUCCUGGAGCUACUGGUGACGUCCGGGGGAAAGCCUUGAGAGUCGUGUUUACUUUUCGAGUCCCAGGAGAAGCCUGGCGCCUUCUUUGCAAAUUGGCCUUUGUGGUUUCAGCGCCUUUUAUCCACCUCCACUCUCCCAGCUGCCUACAGUCACAGCACAGAUACUGCCCAGUGCCUUAAGAGGAGACGUGACCCUUUGAGGGGACAGACCUGCCAGGAACUCCCAGCAAACAUGGGCUGUGUUCAGUCUGCAAAAGGGAAAAGGGUUUUCGAAGUUCUCAUUGUUCCUGUGAAGCUCACACACGUGGCGUUUUGCUCUGCAUUCCUUGCGGGUGGGUAGAGGGCUUUGCUUUGUGGUCCGCGUUCAAAUAUGUGACUGUCGUCUUUUUUAUUUUACUGCUAAGGGGUCUGGAAAGGAUAGUGAAUAUCAGACUUAAGAUUUGUUCUCCAGGAGGCUCAACCCAGACAUGUGGAAUGCCAGAGCUGGAAGGGACCCUAGCCUUCAUCUGGUCUGACUGAGGCUCGGAGAGGCAAGGGCAUGGCCAGAACCACAAAGCUGGCGAAAGUGGGGGCUGGGACUGGACCUCAGGCUCCUCACUCCCAGUGCACUGACCCAAGUAGCCCUCUCCGAGGGAAGAAACUUGUGUUGGUUUUGGUUAAGUUGUCCCAGGGAAGCCUGCUUAGGGAACUCGCUCUUGCUUUGCCCUUCAGUGAGUGGGGCUGUGAAGAGAUCCCAGGGGAGCGAGAUCAUCCCGUGUCAGUCGGUCCGUGGCCUCUGCACCGUCAGCAGAUAGACAAGCCUCGAGCAGGCAGAUUUAGGGCCCAAAGCAGAGCAGAGGGCUUGCAGAAGACAGCACUGAGCCCUUCUGCGGCAUUGUCUCAAGGCCACCUGUCAUUUAGUCACGCAGCAGAGGAGACAGUUGGGAAAGGCAAAUGUGUUUUUAUUUUCAAAUACUGUAUCUCUUCCUCUCGGAUAGGGCUGUGAGUGCGUUACACCUAAGGACACUGCAGUUGGCUCCGUGAUUGUUUUUGCUUCCCAAUCCUGGGAAUCAAUGGAAAGGCAGGGAAUGCUCCCCUUCGGUGGCCAGAUGCUAUUCUUUGCGAUUAAAGCAAGUUGUUAAAAAUGCAAGAGGCAGUUGUUGGUCUGCAGGGCUUGGCCAGUUAAGCAGCUGUGUGGCAGAUACCGAGACUGGAGGACAAUUUGAGGACCCGCUGGGGGCAGCCAGCAUUUAUUCACCACUUAGGAUUAGCCAGGCACAGAGCUCUGUAGGCUCUGUGUUCGCAAUAACUCCUCGAGUUCAGUACUUCAUCUCCAUGUCACAGAUGAAGGAGCAGGCUCAGAGAGGGGAGGGCGUCUUCCCCCGAGGCAGUACAGCUGGUGAGUGGUAGAAUCCAGGUUCAUAGCGUCGCCAUAUGGGACCAGCAUUUACCAGGGAAAGUUUUUAAAAUGAAGUGACCACCUUUUCUUGCAUAGACUAAAUAACUCUUAAUGGGCAUUUUUAAGUUGGGAAACAGCUGAAUUAGUAGUCAAGUCUGACAGCCAAGUGAAUUUUAAAAACCAAAUCAUGGGGCAGGCCAGGCACUCCCCAGCCCAUCUGCUGUGCCCGUGAACAGACCUGCCUCAGUCUCUUUCUUUUUGAAGCAGGACUUCGUACUUGGCCAGACAGGAGGGCACUGCCCAUGUUCUGCUUUCCUAAGUUAGAUCCAAGUGAAAAAAGGUUCAGUUUUCCCCCCCAUAAAUAUUCUUGAAUCUUGAUCUGGAGUUUAUUUUGUUUCAGGCAUGUGCGCACCCAACAUGCUGGUCUAACAAAGUACAUUGCUCCCCAGUCUAGCUAGACAGAGUCCUUAGCCAGACGUUUCUUUUGGAUCAGAUAGACUUCCCGACCAGGUGUAUUUGUUUUCUAGUGACAGGAAGGCAGAGGAGCAAAUUCCAGCCGUGCUCUUCCUUGAAUACUAAACUCAGGACAGGUCAGUUUGCUUUCCUCGAGUCCCGAGUGGCAGCCGUUGCCUGAACAUUUGUGACUCAAGCUUCCAGGGAACUCUUAGCCCCUUGUUCUCUCCUUCCAAGAAACAAUGACCCAAACCCGUGUCUUUAAAAAAUCCCCAAUUCUCCAAGAAUAUCUUCAUUGCUUCCUCAUCAGUAAUUUUGAAGCACAUUUACAUUUUUUUUUUUCAUCAUCCCUUCUCCCAACCACUGGAUUGAUGGAUGAAUGUUUGACUGGAUAGAUGGUUGGAUGGAUGGAUGGAUGUAUAGACAGACAGA